CAUCUUCUAUCGUUGGCAUGCCUGCGUCACAUGACACAAACGUCACCCUGCCUCUCCAAUCUUCUGUCUCUUUCUUUAGCAACCAAAAAGUAGAAAUCCGCUAUGGUUAACGUUCCAAAACAACGUCGCACUUUUUGCAAAAAGUGCAAAGUGCAUAAGCUGCAUAAAGUGACCCAGUACAAGAAAUCGAAGGAACGUCAUGCCUCCCAAGGUAGACGGCGUUACGACAGAAAACAGCAGGGUUUCGGUGGUCAAACUAAACCUAUUUUCAGGAAGAAGGCAAAAACCACCAAGAAAAUCGUACUCAGGAUGGAAUGCACUGAGUGCAAGUACAGAAAGCAGAUUCCUUUGAAGCGAUGCAAACACUUUGAAUUGGGUGGUGACAAGAAGCGUAAGGGUCAAAUGAUUCAGUUUUAGUUGCGUUAAAGGAAUAAAUGACUUUUUCUAAUUCA